AUGGCAACAAUAAUUGCCCUCGGGCCCCUUGCAAGCUGCGCAGCGGCUUUCAUGUGUUCCGCAGUUCAGCAACGGAGCAUGAAGUCGUUUCUCAACCGCUCCAUCCCGCCCACCGCCCGGCAUGCGCUGUAUUUUCAAUGGUUCAGCGAGUUCAAGAAGGCGAUGUAUCUCUCUGCACCAUCUCACCUGCUGACGCUGGUCUUGUGCUUCAUCAACCUGGCUUCAAGCACCUCGAGGGCGACAUCGACUCUGUGGACUGGGGGUAUAUUUUUCACAAUCGCCCAUGUGUACCCGAUACGGCUGGGGGUUCGGCACUUGACCCUCAGCCAAGAUGGCUGGAACGAAAAGUCGACGGGCGAAGCAUUCGCGUGGGUGAAGAGCUUUGUGGACGUGAACGGGCAGCGCUUGUUGAUCGUCGACUUGCCCGGGUUCCUUUGCAUUGCUGGCGCUGUGGUACUGGAGAACCUGCGCUGA